CCUGUUUACGUAAUUCUAUUGGUCGAUACACUCGCGUAGACGCGUGGAAGGCUGUUGAACUUGUGUGUCCUCUUAGCUAACAUGCUAGAGAAGUUAUUUUGAUUUAUCCGCAUAUUUGUUGUCAACGUUUCCAAUUACACAGGAGGUGUCGCACAGGACGUUGCACUUUGGGCUGUGAGUCGGUCCUGUUAAACCUGUCACACACUCCCUCUGAUCCGCACAAUCGGACCAUUCAGAAAACAACAUGGCACGUGUAGGCAGGCUCUCCACCAAGGACUCCGUGCUCCUCCUGUGUGACAUGCAAGAAAAGUUCAGACCCAACAUCUUCCAGUUCACCAACAUCGUCAGCAACGCGGCCAGAUUGCUCCAGGCCAGUCGCAUUCUGGGCAUCCCACCCAUUUUGACGGAGCAGUACCCGAGAGGCUUGGGUCCCACGGUGUCCGAGCUGGGAGCGGAAGACCUGACGGCUCACGCUAAAACGUCAUUCACCAUGAUGAUCGAGGAGGUGGAGAAGAAGCUGCAGGAGCUGGGGAACCCUAAGCAGGCUAUUCUGUGUGGAAUCGAGGCCCACGCUUGUAUCGCAUGCACAACAUAUGACCUGCUCGAAAGGGGAAUUGAGGUUCAUAUUGUGGCCGACGCAGUCUCAUCCAGGAGCCAGACGGACCGUUUGUUUGCUCUGUCUCGACUGAAGCAGAGCGGCGCUUACCUCACCACCACGGAGGCCGUCCUGCUGCAGCUGGUUCAAGACGCCAAACACCCCAACUUCAAGCAGAUCCAGAAGCUCAUGGCCCACCCGUCCCCUGACACCGGCCUCCUGUCCUUCUUCAGCGCUCUGUAGGGAGAUCGUCCCCAGUCAUUCUGUCCCACAUAAAGCGUGCAUGCACAAUGUCCCUGCUUCCAACAGGCUGAUGAAAUGCUUGAAUAAAGUGACACUGCUAUUAAAAAAUCUG